CUAAAAAGUCCAACAAAAAGGGCAAUGACUAAACGCUCAGACAAUGCAGAGAGAGCGACGACUUCUUCCCCGUUUCAGCAACUUUGCGAAGAAAUUUCGAAGCUCAAACCUCUCUCUUGCUCUUACUUUCUUGUGAUUUUGUUUAAUCGGCGUUUCGUUUUCGAAUUUCGUAUCCGAUAACGUGGGUCUCGAUACGAAAUUCGAUUCGGUAACCGAAGCUUUGUGUAGGCUGUAGAUGUUUAUGGAAGUUUGAAGGAAUGGAGACGAGGGAACGAAGGCGACGACUCAUCUCAGUGAUUUCGGGUUCUGCUUUCCUGUGGUUGAUUUUGUUGUUUGGCUUGCUCAGAAAACUAUAUGCUAUUUCAGAAGUAUAGGUGAUGCCCUAAUUGCGUUUAAGACCAACUUAGUUGAUCCCAGCAAUGUUUUUGAGAAUUGGAAUGCCACACUUGUUGAGCCCCCCUGCAGAUGGAAUCACAUUACCUGCAAUAACGAAUCAAGUGUUACUCGAGUUGAUCUUGCAAAUGCAAAUGUAACUGGUACAUUGGUUCCUCAACUUGGUCAGCUAACGAAUCUACAGUACUUGUAAGUCAUAGUUUUAGUUCAGCUGACUCAAAUUCGGUUUUUUUAGAAAUAUUUGCAGCAAAAAUCACUGAGUAGUUUAAAAGAUUGCACUUAACUUAAGAAAAAGCUUUUUUUUUGUCCAUCAAAAGUAACAUUUUUGGUAUAAUUGCUGCUACGGGGAUGCCUUAGUGUACAAGAGGUGAGGUGAUACAGAAAGAAAGGCCUUUUCAGUCUUGUCUCCUAGGUGGUGCGUUUUACUUAAGCUUGAUGGAGAAUCGGUGGAUCAUUUGUUUUGCAAUGUCACUUCUCUCUACAAUUAUGGUUCAAUCUAUUGAAAGAGUUUUGAUUGCAGUGGGUUGUGCCACAACAUUGUUCCCCAUCCUCAGUUUAGAGUUGUACCAAAUAACACAACUUCAUGAUUUAUGUGUCAUAGUUGGGAUAUGCUUUUAGUAUUUUCUUGUUGCUUGUUAAAUUUUAUUGACAGGGAACUUUCUAGCAAUAAUAUAAGUGGGAAAAUCCCAGAAGAGCUCGGAAGUUUGACAAACUUGGUGAGCUUGGAACUUUCCUGUAACAAAUUAAAUGGUUCGAUUCCAGCCACACUAGGGAAGCUUGGAAAACUACGUUUCCUACGUCUCAACAACAACAGUUUGUCAGGGACUAUUCCUAUGACUUUAACAGGUCUUGACUCACUGCAAGUCUUGGAUCUUUCAAACAACAAGCUGUCUGGACAUAUUCCAGUUAAUGGUUCUUUUGAAUUAUUUCCCCCCACCAGUUUUCUAAAUAAUCAACUAAUCGAGUUACCAGUUUCACUACCAGCUUCUAUAACUCCAACACCAUCUGGUUCCGCAGGUAGCAGUAGUAGUAAAACUAGACUUAUUGCUGGAGGAGUUGCUGCUGGUGCUGCUCUUCUUUUCGCUGUUUCUGCAAUUGCUCUUACCUGGUAUUGGAGAAGGAAACGACAGAAUCAUUUCUUUCAUGUACCUGCUGAGCAUCCAGAGGUCCUUCUGGGACAGCUUAAAAGGUUUACUCUGAGGGAGCUUCAAGUUGCUACUGAUAAUUAUAGCGAUACAAAUAUUAUAGGCAGAGGUGGAUUUGGCAAGGUUUAUAAAGGGCACUUAGCUGAUGGCUCUCUAGUUGCAGUAAAAAGGCUUAAAAAAGAGCGUACCCAAGGUGGGGUGCUACAGUUCCAAACAGAACUAGAAAUGAUCAGCAUUGCUCGACACCGUAAUCUACUUCGUCUACGUGGAUUUUGCUUGACAUCAACCGAACGGUUGCUUGUGUACCCAUAUAUGGCUAAUGGGAGUGUUGCAUCUUGUUUAAGAGAAUGUCCUGGUUCACAGUCCCCACUUGAUUGGGAAAUACGAAAACGUAUCUCAUUGGGAUCUGCAAGGGGCCUUGCUUAUUUGCACGAUGAAUGUGAUCCUAAAAUUAUUCACCGUGGUGUCAAAACUGCAAACAUAUUGUUAGAUGAGGAAUUUGAGGCAGUUGUUGGAGACUUUGGGUUGGCUAAACUUAUGGAUCAUAAAGAUACUCAUGUUACUACUGCUGUGCGUGGCACUGUUGGGUAUAUAGCACCGGAGUACCUUUCAACUGGAAAAUCUUCAGAGAAAACUGAUGUUUUUGGAUAUGGAGUUAUGCUUCUUGAACUCAUAACUGGACAGAGCGCUUAUGAUCUAGCCCGUCUUGCAAAUGAUGAUGUCAUGUUAUUUGAUUGGGUUAAAGGACUCUGGAACGAUAAGAAGUUGGAAACAUUGGUGGAUGCCAAUCUACAAGGAAAUUAUGUCAAUGAGGAGGUGGAGCAGCUAAUCCAAGUGGCUCUUCUUUGCACACAAGGCACAGCGAGUGAACGGCCGAAGAUGUCUGAGGUGGUGAGAAUGCUCGAAGGGGAUGGAUUGGCGGAAAGAUGGGAGGAUUGGCAAAAAAAGGAGUUGUUCCGCCAAGACUUCCACUCGUCACACCAUCCAAAUACUCGUUGGAUUGUUGACUCUACUUCUCACAUUCCUCCAGAUGAAUUGUCUGGUCCUCGAUGAUAUCCUUUCGAUGGUUGUCUAUGUAUACAUAAGAUAAAUUAUGGUACCAAAGCUUAAAGCCACUAAGGCUAGCUCAGUAGUGAGUUUAGAUAAAUUUGUUUAUGUUCUUAUAGAUUGUAGUUGAACCAAGUGCGUUCACCGUAAAAAUAAAUGGUACCUAAGCUUAACAAAUUAAGCUUAGAUUAUUACAACAAUAUGCAUGUUCUGCAUAAAUAGAUUAUUACUCGAAUAAGAUCCAAACCCGAACCUCCCUUUUUGACUCA